AUGGUCGGUUUGAACUUGUUUAGGAAACGGAACGAAAUUGACCCCUUUGCAGGGUUGCUCGAUGACGCGGACCAUGCCGCCGAACAGCAACAACAGCAUGAUCUUACCAACAGUAACAGUAUUUUGAAGCGAGUUACCACGAAACAACAGCAGCACCAGGAAGAACUAGAUGAUAAUGAGUACCAUUCUCCCUUCCGUACGGCGGAAGAAACUCAACGUGCGCGUCAAGUGAGACAGGAGAAGUUCCCUACUCUGAGCCAAGGUGCGGUACAACUUGACCCGGAACAGAUGGGGUACAGCGUUGUUACCGACAAGUCAGUGAAGAAGGCCAAGGAUAUUAUUAUUCCUUCUGGGUUGAAGGAUACCGAGGCUGAGCAGAAGGUUAGAUUGACUGCGUUGGAAAAGAAGGAGAAACAGUUACGUUAUUGGAGAAAGUCUCAAAAGAUUGUGGAUUUAACCAAGCCACAGGAAGCAAUUGAAGCGUCGGAUAACUUGGACGAACUGGAUGAGGUGGACCCUAGUAAGGAACCUCCCAUUGAAGAUGUAGCUGAAGCUCUAGAAGAAGCCGAGGCUAUGGCUGAAGACGAUGAAGAGGAACCAGUUGAUCCGAAACGCGAGCCAAAGCCUGAGGCCGCGCUGAGGGCUUUUGAAGAAGCUGAGGCAAUUGUUCAGGACGACGAGGAGCCUCCAGUGGAUCCUGAAGCCGAGCCAUCAGCAGCAGUUGCUGUUGAAGCUCUUGAAGAAGCAGAAGCCAUUGCGCAGGGCCAAGUUCCUCCAAGAGUCCCGUUGGCUGAAGAAGAAGAACAAGAAAAUCCAACCGGUGUUUACAAGGCCCCGGAAGAUGAUGCUAAUGAAUACGUCGAUCCAUCUCGUGAGGCUAGACCAGAAUCGGCUGUAAGAGCCUUCGAAGAAGCCGAGGCUAUUGUCCAGGAUGACGAGGAGGAACCGGUCGAUCCUAAACGCGAACCAAAACCUGAGGCCGCUGUGAGAGCGUUCGAAGAAGCCGAGGCGAUUGUCCAGGACAAUGAGGAGCCUCCAGUGGAUCCUGAAGCCGAACCUUCCCCGGAAGAAGCUGUUGAGGCAUUCCAAGAGGCCGAAGCUAUCGCAACUGAGAACCCAGAAGCUAUUUCUCCUCCACCAGAUAUCAAUUCUGCCCCUCGUGUUCCAUUCACACCCAGUGGCGCCAAUAAGGCCGGUACUGCUGCAGCUACUUCUGGAAUUGCAGCUUCAGGCUUAUUUGCCCUUUUCAAACGUUCGAAGAAACCAGAGUCCUCGACCAAAGUUGCUGCAAAUGCCGCUGCUGGCACCGUUGUUCCAGGCGAUGAUGCGCCAGUGGCCACCCCUGAAGAUCCAGAGUUAAUUGUCAGAACACAAGAAGGCUACGUCUCGAAGUCUGUUUACGAUAAGUUGCAAUACGACGAGGACCAGCACCAAGCCAAGUUGGCCCUGUACUCCAAGGAACAAGAUGAAAGGUAUGAAACUAAAGCCCAAGAGUACGAGGAAAAGAUCCAAUCAAUUCAAGCUGAAAUUGCUGAAUUGGACGCGCAAAUGGAACAGGUUAGAUUGGAACAUGAGGAAAAGUUGAAGUUGAAGCAAGUUGAGAAAUCUCAAGCAUUACUAGAAACUAACGUCAAGCACAUUAACGCCAAGGGUGAUCUGUACAAGCAAACUGAAGAAAUCAAGAACCAAACCAUCUCAGAUAAAGAGGACAAAGAAGUUGCUCACCAAACUGUCCAAUCUGAAAUUGAUGAAUUGUUGUUGUUGAAAGAUGAAGUUGCCAAGGAAAACCAGGAACACGAAUCGAAGGUCGAAGAGUUGACAGCAGAAUUGGAUAAUAAGACAUCUGCAUUGAAUGAAUCCUUGGCUAAGAAGGAUGAAACUAAUGCUGAAAUUCAAGCUUUGGAAGAAGAGAAGGCCAGAUUGGAACAAGAAAUUAAAGAAGCUCAAGAACUUCACCAACAAAACGUCUCCAAGAUCGAAAGUAUCGACAACAAGGAGUACUUACCUAAGGUCAAUGAAAUUAAUACCGAAAUUUCUUCACUACUUGCUUCGUUAGGUUUAAUUCAACAAGAAAUUGCCAACCAAAAGGUCGAGUUUUCUAGUGUUACUAGGAGAUUGGAGGAAGAGCGUAAACAACAUGAAGAACAAUUGCUAAAAGAAAAAGAGGAACGUGAGCGUUUAGAAAAGGAGCGUUUAGAAAAGCAACGUACCGAGUACGAAAAGCAAGCUGAAGAAGCUCGUUUGAAGCACGAAGAAGAGCUGGCUAACCUGAAGCAAACUCACGACGAGGCGCUGAAGGAGGCACAGUUGCAACGUGAAGCUGCGGCCAAACAACUUGAAGAAGAACAACAGAGACGUGAACAAGUAGAACGUGAAAGAACUCGUCUACAAGGUGAAAAGGCUAUUGAAGCACAACAACGAGGUAAUCCCGAAGACAAGAGACUGGAAGCUGAACACGAAGAAAAGUUGAGAAGGCAAGCAGAAGCUGCCAGUGCAGUCGAAAAUGCCCUGAAGAGUAGCAACAAAAAAACGAAAGCAGCUGUUCCACCUGCAAACACCACAAAUUCUUCUCUAUAUGACUACGAAACCGUUGAAGAAGUCAUAACUGUUGAUUGA